AUGGACAAAUUAACUUCUAUUGAGAAAUUUGAGGGAAGAGACUUUCAUACUUGGCAAAUACAAAUGCAGUUACAUUUGAUUGAAAAAGAUCUGUGGGAUGUCAUCAAACCGAACUCAGUAACACCAACUGAUGCAGCUUCUACACCUAUGCCAAAGAAGUCAGUGCAAAACUUCUCAGCGUGGAUAGCUGCUGUAGUGAUAUUAGCAUUUGUUAUCAUACUACUGAGUUUACUGCUUAUUUUUCGUAAACAAAUGUGUCUACUAAUUCGAAAGAAGAAAGCAGCUGAACCAACUAAAUCAAAAGAGAGAACUCAACUCGAUCAAGUGGUGAGCAGUCUUGGUCGUAGUGGAUCUGCGGUAACUUGUUUUGAUUAUGGAACACUUAAAUCAUCAACAAAGAAUUUUCAUGAAAAGAACAAGCUUGGUUGUGGAGGAUUUGGCACAGUCUAUAAGGGAACCCUUCAAGAUGGAUCAAUUGUGGCCAUCAAGAGACUAGAGAGGGCUAAACAAGGGGAUACAGAAUUUUAUAGGGAAGUUAAGUUGAUCACAGGAAUUCAACACAAGAACCUUGUUCGACUGAUUGGUUGUUGUGCAGAGGAACAUGAAAGAUUGUUGGUUUAUGAAUAUAUGUCUGAGAGAAGCCUGGACAGAUUUAUAUAUGGUAAUACCAACGAAUUCUUGCCAUGGCCAACACGUUAUGAGAUCAUCCUUGGAGUUGCACGGGGCCUUCAAUACUUACAUGAAGAUUCUCAUAUCAGAAUCGUUCAUAGAGAUAUUAAGGCAAGCAAUAUAUUGCUGGAUGAGAAAUUUCAGCCUAGAAUUGCAGAUUUUGGCCUCGCCAGGUUCUUCGCAGAUGAUGGAAUGCGCAGCACACAAUUUGCAGGAACACUCGGAUACACAGCUCCAGAAUAUGCCAUUCGUGGUGAACUCUCAGAGAAAGCUGAUAUAUACAGCUUUGGGGUAUUGGUAUUAGAGAUUGUGAGUUGCAGGAAGAACACAGAUCUCACUUUACCCUCAGGAACUCAGUAUCUUCCAGAACUGGCUUGGAAGCUUUAUGAAGAAGAUAAGAUCUUAGAUCUUGUUGAUGAGAGAAUGAGGGAAGGUGGGUAUGUUAAGAAUGAGGUUCUGAGAGUACUUGAAGUGGCAUUCAGGUGUAUACAGGCACCCCCUCACCUUAGGCCAGCUAUGUCUCAAGUUACAGCCAUGUUUUUAUGCCAGAUAGACAUGGCAACCAUGAAAAUGACUAGCCGUUAUGAUGAGCUUCCAACAUGGGAAUCCAUAUCAUUGGAGCUUCACUCCCCCAUAAGCAAUCCUUCCACUUCACAUUGA